AUGAUCUCUGACUUUUCAUUGUUUCCGGAGCGUUCAAGAAAUCUGAAGAAUUUGAAAAAAUUCGAGUCUAGUUUGGUGAUAAGAUAG